AUGACACUGCUGUAUGAGUUGUGGUACGACAUGGUUUUGGGCGGAACCUAUACCAAGGAGAUCCGGAAGAUGCAUGAGACUUAUGGCCCCGUAGUCAGGAUCAGCCCAGAUGAACUUCACUGCAACGACGCGGCCUUCGUCGACGAGAUCUACGCUGCCGCAGGCCGCAAGCGCAACAAGCAGGCCCAUAACCCGCAUGUGCUCGCGGGACCGACGACCAACUCUGCAUUCGGCACCAUCGUCCAUGAUCAGCACAGGGUGCGCCGCUAUUUCCCCUGGGUUCGCGGACUUGUCCACGUGGCCCCAUUUCUGGCCAAGUACAUGACAGGUGACAUCGGCAUCCUCAUGAAGGAGAUGUACAUCAACACCCCCAACCGCAUCCGCCAGGCGCGCGAAGACCACGUCGCGGGGAGGUCGGAAAAGACGGUCGACCGUCUCUCCGGUGAGGGAUUCUCACUCACUGGGGCGGGUACAGAGACCACAGCUUGGACACUGUCCGUAAUCACAUUCUACGUGCUCUCACAGCCUGCCAUCCAGGCACGACUGGCUGAGGAGUUGAAAGACACAGACCCAGAGAGCCUCUCCUGGACUACGCUGGAGAAGCUGCCCCAUCUAAGCGCCGUGAUAUCCGAAGGAUUACGGUUGUCUUACGGCGUGUCCUCGAGAACUUCUCGUGUUCCACGAGAUGAGCAUCUCGUCUACACUGGAGAAGUCAAGGGACGCGGAGCGGUCGAAUACGUCAUUCCAAAAGGGACGGCGAUCGGCAUGUCGGCCGCAAUCAUGCACCACAACGAGGAAGUAUUCCCAAACUCGGACGCGUUCAUACUGGAGCGAUGGCUGGACGAGAAGGGUCUCAAGAGACCGAACAUCCUGGCAUACUGUGAGCUCUACAUGACCACGGCCGCUCUUGCACUGCGUGUGUUUCCCCAUAUGAAGCUGCAUGGGACGAUGGUGGAAGAUGUCAAGUAUGAUCAUGACUUGAUCACGGCGCAGGCGAAGAAAGGGAGCAAGGGUGUCCAGGUCGUCAUGUGCUAA